UUUUCAUGCCGACCAAUCUCUAAAUGUUUUUUACCUAACUCUUCCCCCCCUUCAAAUCUAACAACUCUAUAUUGUUCAACAAGUUGGUGUGAACUUCUGGGUGUUUUGCUUGUAAUCAUAUCGAAUGCCUGAGAAAAGAGUGUCCCCGUCUCCGGCGACGAGCCACCGUCCGAGUCCUCUGCAACAAUGGAGAUUCAGCGUCCUAACGUCCUUCGUGUUCUUCCUCAUGGUCAUCGUCUGGAGCAUCGACGGUUGUACUAUCAAAACAUUCAUAGACUCAUGGAGACUCAACGCUUCUUACUCCAUGCGAGUCACUGCUGCGAAACCAAAACCACAUUCUCUGGAUCUGGAUACGACCCGAGUGAAGUUCGACUGGAUCUCAACCGAGAUGGAGCAGAACUUCACGGCGAACCUCUUAAAAAACUGGUCUGCUCCGGGAGGAGAGAAAUGCAGAGAAGCAAAAACCGUCGAGAUCUCCGUCCCCAACUUCGACGGGAAGGAUCCGGUUCACUUAACGGCCGGCGAGAUCCACGAGUUCAGAUUCCAAUCCCUCGACGAAUCGGGGAAGCCCGUCUGCGUCGGUGGAGAUUACUUCGAGACCGAUCUCUCCGGCGAAAACUGGAAAUCAAGACCGCCGGUUAAAGACUUAACCAACGGAACUUACUCCGUCUCCCUCCAGAUUCAUCCCGAGUUCGCCGGAGACUACAAUCUAACCGUCAUUCUACUCUUCCGCCACUUCCAAGGCCUCAAACUCAGCCCCGCGCGCUUCGCCUUCAACAGAAAGCUACGCAACUUCAAACUCCGCUUCGUCAAGAAAAACGACGUCGUUUUACCGGAGCUCCGCCAAUGCGUCAGGUCCGACUUCGCUAGAGACGUCUGGUCGGGGCGGUGGACAAGGCUCGGCAAGAACGACGAGUGUAAAAUCAGCAACGACGGGCGUUACCGUUGCCUGGAUGAUGAUUUCCCUUGCCGGAAACCGUGGUGCGACGGAGCAUUGGGUGAGUUAGAGAGCAACGGUUGGGUUUACUCGAGCCACUGCUCAUUUAAACUCUUCUCUGGUGACUCGGCUUGGGGUUGCUUGAAGGGCAAGUGGAUCUUCUUCUGGGGAGACUCCAACCACGUGGACACGAUUAGAAACUUGCUGAACUUCGUCUUGGGUCAUCCCGAGAUCGGCGCUGUCCCGAGGAGGUUUGAUUCGAAGUUCUCUAACCCGAAGAACUCGUCGGAGACCGUUAGGAUCACGAGCAUCUUCAACGGGCAUUGGAACGAGACGCAAAACUAUCAAGGUCUCGACUCGCUUAGAGACCACGGCUUCAGAGAGCUGCUUAAAAGCUACUUCUCGGAAGAAAAAGGUGUUCCGGACGUAAUGAUCGUUAACUCGGGACUCCACGAUGGGGUCCACUGGUCUAACCUCAGAGCAUUCGCGAAAGGAGCCAAAACCGCGGCUGCGUUCUGGAGAAACGUUUUCGAUUCGGUGAAACGCCGCGGGUUCGAACCGCCUGAGGUGGUUUUCAGGAACACGAUCGCGACGGGGGGUUACGCGAGGGAGCUGGCGUUUAACCCGAGCAAGAUGGAAGUGUUCAAUGGUGUGUUUUUGGAGAAGAUGAAGGAGUUUGGGUUGGUGUCGGGUGUGGUUGAUAACUUUGACAUGACGUAUCCGUGGCAUUAUGAUAACCGGUGUAACGAUGGGGUUCAUUACGGGAGAGCUCCGGCGAAGAUGCGGUGGAGAGACGGCGAGAUUGGGCAUCAGUACUUUGUUGAUCUGAUGCUUGUUCAUGUCUUGUUAAAUGCAUUGUGUGUGAGAUAAAAUAGUAAGAGUGAUGUUUAGUUUGGUUAGAAGUAGAGUUAGGAAUCACGAUUCUUUUGUUUUUGAUGUUGUGUACACUUCUGAAUAUAGAAUAAAUUAUAUGUUAGCACAUCUGAAGUACACUAUACAAAUCG